AUGGGAAUGGAGCACAAGUUCAGGAAGAUGGCCUCAGUCAACCAGGGCACUCCCUACAAUUACAACUCUGUGAUGCAGUACCACAGGUAUGACUUCUCCAAGAACAACCAGCCCACCAUGGUACCCAUCCUUAACUCUAGUGUGUCCUUUGGCAAUGCUAACGAGAUGAGCUGCAAUGAUAUCACCAGGGUCACUGUUACAAAAGAAUCCCGUCCAGAUGUCCUGACAGACACAUCUCCCAGUGACCACUGGCCAACAGAAGCUGCAGAUAUGAACUCUUCAGCACAACAGCCAAUGAUCUUCUAA